UGGGAAGUACUUCCCUCUGCUCUUAAUGCAGGUGUCGUACUCAACAAGCUCAUACAUGCAGAAAGUUCCAUGGGUGAGGUAAAUGUAAUCCUUGGGUGUCUUUUCUUUCAUAGCUUUGCUAAAACUAUGGUUUACAUAUAGUUUACUUUAGUUUUUAAAGCUAAACCUUGCGACCGUCAUCCACUGAGUAAGAACUGAAAAUGAUGUUGCUGCUGGGGCCUCUGUUCUUAGCAGCAGCCUCUGUCAUCUGGGCAGAGGAGCAGUAUUAUCUUGUGUCCCUUAAUGACACGUGGGAUAAUGCCAGAAACUACUGUCAGAUGUGUUACAAAGACUUGACCACCAUCACACCAGGAAAUGUCCAGCUCAUUCAGAACCUCAUCAUUCAGAUCCCUGUCUCUCAGAACUUCACCGCUCAGAACCUCACUGCUCAGAACUUCACCGCUCAGAACCGUUCUUCUGCCUACUGGAUUGGACUCCGCCAGAACUUCAGUGGAUCAUUAUUUUGGUCUCAGUGGUCUAAUGGUGCCCCUGUCAUCUACCAAAAUUGGUAUCCUGGUCGCCCAAUCUUAAAGAAAAUGGAUGUGCGAAUGCUCACAUCUCCACCCCCAACUACUAGCACUGCUGGUACCACUGCUGGAACCACUAGCACCGCUGGUACUACUCGUACUACUGGUACUACAGGUACAACUGGUACAACUGGUACUACGAGUAACUUAUUUAAUGAGAUGGUGCAAUGUCCAGUCUUGAAGAAACUCAUUGACUGUCUAAAUGGAUCUGAUUACCUUGUCACUGCCAUUACACAUAACACCAGUUAUAAUGCUAGUACUAAUUACUCAAUCACACCUAUUUCAUCUGCCACCAGUUUUAGUACCACUGGGACUAGUACACAGUUUAGGACCAGUACCCCUGCAUUGCUCAGCACAUCUGCCAACACCUAUUCUAGUAUGCUCCUCGUCAGCAGUACCUCUGCAGGUCUCGUCACCUCUCCCCCUAUGAGUACAACUACUGUGGUUCAAGAAACAGACUUUGACUAUAUAGAGGAUUCAUGUGUGGCCUUGCUCAGCUUUGGCAUGUGGCGGGAAAAGCACUGCUAUGAAUUCCUGCCCUUCAUCUGCUAUGAUGAUCGAUUUUUUGGGGAGGUGAGCAUUUCCAAUGUGACGCAUGAUGGAGGUUUUCUGAGCUGGAGCCAGGCACCAGGGAAUAUCACACAUUACAGAGUAGAGCAGAACAGAGUGAACCCACCAAAUACUGAAUUCAGGAUGGUGACAGAUUUGAAUAUAACACUCCAAGACCUGGUGCCAGGAACUCAGUAUAACAUCAAGGUGAUCCCUGUGAAGUGCGACAGAGACCUCAACCCUCAGAACAUCUCCUUCUCUACUUUGCCAAUGGACAUCAGCAAUGUGAGCAUAGUGAAUGUGCAAAAUACUUCAGUGUUCAUCAACUGGAGUGCUCCGAUUGGAGGACGUGACAACUAUUCAGUAAACUGGCUGGAAGGAGAAAACCAAACACUCUGCACUGAAAAAGGCAGUAUAAGUACAGCUGAGCAAUAUAACAUUACUAAUCUAAUUCCAGGACAAUUGUACAGUAUAGCAGUUUGUGCCGUGGUCAACAAAACCAUUUUUGGAACACCAGGCAGGAUUAGUGUCUACACCAAGCCUUCUAGGGUGACCACUCUUAUUUCUGCAAACAAUAUGAGUUCAAAUAUACUUGCCAUGUGGUAUUCGUCUGAUCGCCAAGCCUCAGAUUACUGCUAUCAUGUUGUUUUAAUGGAGAACAGCACAACGUAUGAAAACUUCUCAAUUUCCUCAACAAGGAUAAAUUUGUCAAACCUCACAGCAGGAACUCAGUACAACCUGACAGUGUCAGCCAUAGUAAAUGGCUCAUUGGAGGGAGAAACACUUACUAUCGAGGCCUACACCACACCAGAGCCUGUGAACAAUCUUACUCUAACGGCCACACACAAUAGUAUUAACGCUAACUGGGAUCUUCCAAAUGGCAGUUACUAUAAUUUUAGUGUGGAGCUCUAUUUAAACUCCAUGAACAACACUGCAAAUCUAACAGAAUAUACAAAAGAACGGCACUACAGUUUCUCUAAUUUGAGAUCAACAGCACUGUAUUUUGUUAACGUCAUCACUCAUGUCAAGUUAGACAAGUAUCCAAGCAAACCAGCUUCUGGUUCCUGUUACACCUUACCUGUGUCACCUGCUAAUAUAAGCGUCACGUUCAUAAACAGUACUACUGUAGACCUGAAGUGGGAGCCCCCAAAAAAUUCAGAAGGGGUUGAGAAUUUAAACUACAAUGUGACGUACAAGUCCUUCUUUUGGGGCAGUGGCAGCACAUCGAAUGAAACUGGAACUAACAAAAAAACCAUUUAUGGGUUACAAACUGGGACAAAGUACAACUUUGGUGUCAGUGUCUAUGCUGGACAGCUGCAGAGUGCACCAAUCUUCAUCAACUAUACAACAGUACCCAAUUUUAAAAAUGUAACCCUCACGAUGCAGUGCUCUUCUGCUACCAGCCUUUACUGUAAGGAAGGUAGUACUAAGACUCUGUUCGAAAAAGAGCUGAAGAAAAAAAUGAUAAGCAAAUUUGGUGAUGAUGACAUUGUUUGGGAUGUUAGGAUUAAGGAAAGAAACUGAUUUCAAAAGAGCAAAACUGAGCUCUCAGCGUUUAUUUCAACAUCUCUGGAGAUUUUGUCUUGAUUCUUGACAUGUGAAAUGUGAUGAUGUGAGAUUUUUGUCUGAAGAUAUGUGUUUGAUCAGCUCUGUAUAGCUCUCAGCAACAGAGAAUAUACAUCAACUGGAAUUUAGCUAAAUGCAAAACUGACAGGAUUCCAAAGGUUUAGCUUAAAGUUUUUUGGUCAUUCUUUAAACGCUUAAAACACAGAGCAAAGUACUUCAUAGUGUACACUUUUGCACUUCAUAAAGGCUUGAAUAUGUUAGGCCUCUUAUAGCUAGAGUAGAAAGCAUUAUUCCUUUUAGAGAUAAGAUUUAGUUGUUUCAUUUCCUUUCUGUAGUUUUAGAUAUGCAGCUUGUAAAUCAGCAGCUGGUUAUAAUCCAGUCUUUGUUUAACUACUUGAAGCUCUUGUUAUUCAAGCUGAAAAAGUAUGAUAAAUUUCUCACAAUAAAUUGUGCACAUUUAUUCA